AUGGGUCGUAUGCACAGCAAAGGAAAGGGGAAUGUCUCCUUCUCAUAUCGAGAUAGCUUUGGAGUCGCUCAAGUUAGAUGGCUAGCUGAGGAUCUUUAUCAACUCGUGAAGAAAGCUGUUUCGAUCCGGAAACAUCUCGGCCGCAAUCGCAAAGACAAAGACAACAAAUACUACAAAACCUGUCGCAUGCUCCCACCAAACUGGAAGUAUGACAGUUCCACUGCGUCCACACUCAUUGCAUAAGUAAUAGAAAUUGUGCUUUCAGAUGGGCCAACAGCGGGAUGCCUGGUGCUACAACUUACGGCAUACACGACACGAAUAUGUUGGAGUGCAUGCAUCGCUACUUGAAGAUGGAACUACUGAAUGAGCGAAUUGGAUUGUGGGAAGCCAUACGAGUGUCACGGAUGAGCGCGAGGUAUCUGAUAUGGAACCGACAGAAGGCGAUCUCAGAGGCAUCUUGUCGCGACUACCGAAUUGUCGGUCUUCCGGAGUUAGACCGCUUGUGCCGCCGAUUGAUGCCGUACGCUAUUUUCGUAUUAGUGUCUGACUUGAGUUCAACGUAUGCGGUUG